AUGGAAUUGCAAAGGAGCCUGGGAAAUGUAGCCUACUUAUGUGACCAGGAGGAGAAAGAAAAAAAAAUUGUCACAGAUAGGAUUGCCUCACAACUGAACCAUCGAUUCAGGAGGGAAGGAAACCACAGCUUCGGGGACAUGACUGAAGUUUGGCCAUGUCCCAUCAUAAAUGCUCCAACAUCACCAGGGACGGAGGCUCAGCCAGAUGCCUUCUGCCCCACCUCCCUACGAAAGGUACUUCUUCAGCUCCUCCAACACCACGUGAGGCUCAGGAAACUUGAGUAUGCGUGGGGGCCCCUUCUUAAGACCCGUCCAGAGCUCCGCGCUGCUGCAGCGUCACCUCGAAGCUACCCCUCCGCGGCCUGGCGGCGUUCACCUUCACUGCCAGCUCCGGGGCCUGCGGCGCAGUACCUGGCUCAGAGCCGCGGCGUUGUGCCAGUAGACGCGUCAGUUCGUGCAGUGCUCGAUGACGACGCUCGGCCCCUCCACUCUCCCAUCCUGGCCGCCGACCGGCUUCUCCCGCUUCUUGGCCGCUGCGGCCAGUGCCGCCUCGGCCUUCCGCUUCCUCCCUCGGGACGCCAUGGCGCCUGGGGCCUGGCUGGAGACAGGACGCAGCCGCGGCCACCAGGUACAGGCCAGGCCGGCUCUGAGCGCAGAACCGCAGUCCAGGCUAUUUCUUCCUUUUAUACAGAUGUUAAUGAAAAUACCCUUUGA